UUUUUAGGGUUUUGAUUUCGUCUGCGGAGAAUGGCGAGCUCAGUCGAGAAGGACGCCCAAGACGAAGCUUUCUCCCUGGAACUCCCUGCUCCUCCUGGUUGGACCAAAAAGUAAAAAGAAUGGGGAUUUUUCUUGUACCGGAAGAUGUCACUAACUAAACAAGAAGCAAGAAGAAAAUUUGCUUAGUUUCCCACCACCUGAAUCGAUGUUGCCCAGAAGUUUUCUGGGUUCAUGCCCAAGAAAGCAGGCACCCCUAAGAAAAAUGAGAUCAUAUUCACUGCCCCUACGGGAGAGGAGAUCACCAACAGAAAACAGUUGGAGCAAUACUUGAAAUCACAUCCUGGUGGUCCCAAAAUAUCUGAGUUUGAUUGGGGAACUGGUGAAACUCUAAGGAGAUCAGUCAGGAUUAGUGUGAAAGCAAAGGCAGCUCCUCCUCCACCAGAAACUGAGCCUCCAAAGAAGCGUAGCAGAAAAUCUCCGGCUUCAAAGAAGGAUACCAAAGAAAAACAAGUAGCUACCGAAGAAACUGAGGUGGUUAAAGAAGUCGUGCAAGGAGAGAUAACUGAGGAGGUGAAGGCUACUGUAGAAAUUGAGGAGGAUGUUGUGAAGGAAAAUCAAGAGCAGAUUAAAGCAGAAGAUGCUCCUGAAGAAUCUAAAGUGGGACAAAAUGUUGAAAUGCAAGAUGCUGAACAGGUCAAAGAUGAUGUAGAAGAGACUAACCUUGGGAAAUUAGUCAAUAGUUCUGAAGUAACUCAAAAUAAUGCAGGGGAAGUUGAGGUUUCAGAAGUUCAAAUGGUAGAGCAAACAACAUUUGACGCAGAGAAAAAGGAUGGCCUUGGGAAGCAGGAAAAACCCGAUACAGACAUUGCUGUGGAAAAGAUGUACCAAAUGGAAGGUGAGGAGAAAGUGAAACAGAAAAGUAGUGCCCUUGGACUUGGAGAAAAUAAUGAGAAAGAAGCAGCGGACAAGAAAGACAAUGAACAAAAUAAGCCAAUGGUCAAUGACAUAACCAAGAAGGUCGAGGGAGCUGCGACCAAGAAUGGUGCCGAGGUAGAAGAGUCCAACCCUUGCGUUACAAAUUAGAUGCCUUUUCUUGACUCUUUUAGGCUUGUGGCUAAUUCGGAUUACUGAAGUAGUAGUAUAGUAGCUGUCUAUGGUAGUAUUAUAGUUGUUCAUGAAGACAUGUAUGUAUGUAACGUUGUAGAUUAGAGCUCCCACCCACGUUGCGGGCACACGUUGCGCGUAGAGAUUGUUGUAAAAUUACUAGAUUAGGUCUUCAGGGCUGGCUGUGUUGCUGCCUUUUGUGCAUUUGAUACGCUUAGCGAUCUGUGUGACACUGUACUGUUAAAACUGGUGGUUCAAAUAAGUGCUUUUGCAUUCA